AUGACGACCCAAACAUGUCGCUCUAACACGGAUAAUAUAGAAAAUGUGUUUUCAGUGGAGCAGAUCCACAGAAAGUCACGCUACAAGCUGACCAGAACCGAGCGUUUUCCUGCUCUAUGUGUGUCAGGACAUCUGUUGAAAUCAUAGCAGGACCCUGUCCCCGUCCUGUUUGCAGUUGCUGUGGCAACAGGACCAGCGCGCAGGAGGCAGAGCAGGGUUUGGUCCGAGCUCGCUGGGACUGAAGAGGAGGCGGCGGUUUGGACGGGAUGGACUGCAUUGAGUUCCAGGGCUUUCCAGAACCUCCCAGGGGCUUCAUUAAAACAAAGGGAGGAGGAGGAGAAGGAGGAGGAGAGGGAGGAGGUGGGACUUCCUGCUGGAAUGUUUCAGACCAACUAUGACCCCGGAGGAACUGCAGCUUUUAAUGUGGACUGA